GAGGAGGCAACCUCAUGCCAAUUGGUCGCGAGUUGAAACGACAUUGCUUAGCUUCACCAUCAUAUCACCACCAUGGAUGUUAAGUCCUCCCUCGUCUUCCUCCUCCUCCUCCUCCCCCUUCUCCAGCUCCUCCCUUCCAGCCACGCCACUCUCACGGUCGGUUUCUACGGCACCUCAUGUCCAUCUGCGGAGAGCAUCGUCCAGUCCGCCGUCGCAGCAGCCGUGAUUGAAAAUCCCGGCAUUGCGGCCGGCUUGAUCCGCUUGCAUUUCCAUGACUGCUUUGUCAGGGGCUGCGACGCCUCAGUCCUCCUGAGAAGCGCUAAUGGGACGGCGGAGCGGGACGCGAUUCCGAAUGCGAGCCUCCGUGGGUUCGAAGUCAUUGACUCUGCCAAAGCCCAGCUCGAGGCAGCAUGCCCCAACACGGUCUCGUGCGCCGACAUCCUCGCCUUCGCAGCCCGCGACAGUGCGGCACUCGUCGGGGAUAUCGACUACGAGAUUCCGGCCGGCCGGCGUGACGGAAGCAUCUCCGUCGACACGGAAGCGCUGUCGGACCUACCCUCGCCGAACUCCACCGUGGCCGAGCUCAUCAACGCCUUUGCUGUGAAGAACUUGACGGAGCUGGAUAUGGUGACCUUGUCGGGAGCCCACUCGAUCGGGGUGGCCGGCUGUGGAUCCUUCUCCAACCGGCUCUUCAACUUCAGCAGCACCAGCCAAGUUGACCCAACGCUGGACCCCGACUACGCGGCCUUCCUCCUGAGUCGGUGCCCCAACAACACCGCGACGGCCAAAGUCGACUUGGACAGCAUCACGCCAGAUGUGCUGGACAACAACUACUACUUGGGGCUGACCAUGAACCUGGGCCUCCUCACCUCUGACCAGGCACUCCUCACCACCAACUCCUCCACUGCAAUGGUGAUGGAGAAUGUAUACAACCCGUCUAAGUGGGCAAGGCUCUUUGCUCAGUCCAUGGUGAAGAUGGGCGCCAUUCAAGUGCUCACAGGAACACAGGGAGAGAUCAGGAGGAACUGCAACGUCGUCAACCCGACCGCGGUUGAUCUCCUUCUUCCAAAGCCUACAGAGACUUCUCAAGUUGCCAGCAGCUAAAGGCAGGAACAGUUCAUGGAUUUUCUGCAGGAGACCGUGUCGAAUACACAACACGUAUCGUGAUCACCCUCGCAGCUUUAGUCGUCUUUGAGCUUCCAUUGUUCGUGUCAGUAAAAUAAAAUUGCAAAGGCAGAGUAUAAGAGUGAAGUUCUUCUAAGAGUCUCUAGCGAAUGCUGCAUGUGAGAUUCUAUAGUUUCAUCAGAUCUUGAAGUCGUUGUAUUCCUAUAUGUAUAACAGCAACUUUUUUUUU